UAGACUUAUAAAACGUAACAUAAUUAAAUGCAUUUUACAGCAGUGAACAUUUGUUAAAAGUAUAAUGUUACGUUCGUUUAGGUUAUGUGAUAGAUGGAAGAAAGUUGUUUUUUGUUUGUUUUAACCUAACUUUGAUGCUCUGUCCCCCGCAUCUGUGGAAUGGUACGGUCCGUUGCCUAGGUGUUCGUAGAAGCCAGUUUGCUGCUGGCCUCGCCUAGCCUCCGGAGUCGGGGCUUUUAUGCUGCAGUUUACGAGACAGAAACACUCAAAAAGGUCAGAUCAUGGAUGGACAACAGGAACAGCAGCAAUGAAGUUUGGAAAUCUGCAGAUUUUCGGCUCCUUUAGACUGCUACCAUGUCUGAAAUGAAGGAACAGUUCACCGGUGCAGCUCCACCGAAUGUAAGAUCUGACAAUGGAUCAUGAUGAGGUUUGGACCGAGCUGGACCACAUUUCGAAGAGGCUUCAGGACGAUGGAAUGUCCCCAGAAGCCAGCGCAGACGACCGGCAGCGCCGCCUGUGGCGCCUGCUGCUCCGCAGUGAAGCCCAGCUGCGCUCGGCGAGCCAGGAGCUGCAGGCGCUUCAUACUGAGCAGAAUAAUGAGAAGAAGGAGGUGGAGAGCUACGUGGAACACAUUCGAGGGCUGUUAGAAGACCGGGAAAGUCUGACUGCAGAGUAUGAGACAGAAAACCAGGAACUGAGACAUGAACUUCAACAGAUCAAACAGCAACAAGAGAGUCAAAGCAAGGAGCUGGCUGAGAUGCUGGUUCAGGGAGAACUGGAAGAAAUCGCUUUGAGCAGCCCCAGUGAGCAGGUGGCGUACUUGUUGGUGGAAAGAGUAACGCUCCUUGAAAGGCUGGAGGCUGCUGAGAGGAAACUGGACGGUCAGGAUCUCGCUGGCAGCUUGGAGGUUGACCAUCAGCAGAGUUCCUCCCAGAGUCCAUGGAAGAAGCUGUUUGGCCUGCGCAGGUCUGGUCAGAACAAACACAGUAUUAUCCCCGCUCAGCUCGAGCAGGUUUCCAGAGAACGGAGUGAGCGGCUUCGCCUUGAGAGGGACCUAGAGGAGGCUUCCAGGAGGCUGGCCAUGGCUCAUCAGGACAUCCGCAGACUCACCAGUGAGCUGGACGCUGCGAAAGACAACAAUCAAAGCUCAAGUGGUUUUGAGCUUCAGGGAACUGUUCAGGAAGUAGAAAACCUGAAGAAAGAAGUGGACAAUCUGAAACACUGUGAUAUGAUGAAGCUACAGCUUGCCAAAGAGGAAAAUGACAAAUUACAUUCUGAGAACAGAGUUCUCAAAGAGAAGCUGCACAGUAUCCAAUCUGAGAAGAAAAAUCUACAAGAUCAGUUGUCAAAAAUCUAUGCUGCCAAAGAGGCUGUAAAGGAAAAGAGCUGUGAGCCACAAAACAACCAGCCAGAGCAGGAAAAGGAUCAGAUUCACAAACGGUGCCAAGAAGCCAUGGAGGAUGGACUUGUGCAGGUGAAAGAGCUGCAACGCCAACUCCAGAGGUUACGCAAAGAGCAGGAAGAGCUGGAAGAGCGGAACGAGGAGCUGGAAGCCCUGCUAGGAGAAGCCCAGAACGCCAGCAAGGAGGAGAGGCAUCGCCAUGAGGGAGAGCUGGAAGGGCUGCACAGGAGGGUGAGGAGCUUGGAGGCUGAGCUGAAGAAGCAGGAUGCUCAAGAAAAAAAUCUAAAAAACGGAGAAGACAUUAAAUCCACAGAUUCCUUCUUGCAAGUGAAGCACCUGAGGGACAGCAGCCAGGAGAGACUGGCUCUGCUGGAGGCUCGUCUGACUGAGGAGAAGGACUGGAGGAAGCAGCUGGAGUUAGACCUCAGUGCUGCACAGGCUGCCCUCAAAAAAGAUAAAGAGGCUUUACAGAUCGGUGAGCGGGAGCUGAAGAAGCUGAGGCUUGAGGUCAGCGGCCUUCAGACAGAAUGUCAGCAAGGGAAAACCCUCAUCAAGAGCCUCACUCAGGUCAAAGGGGAAAAGGCUGUUCUGGAGGAGAAGUUGGCCCAGAUGGAGCGCGCCCACAGCAGACUCCAGACUGAACUGGAUCGCUGCAAAUCCGGCAACCAAACCCAAGAACACCAGAGGGAAAACAUGCAGCAGGCUGAGCAGCUCCAGAAGAACAUCGACCAACUGAGCUCUGAACUCAGCAGCCUUCAGACGUCGUACAACAGCCUAAGGGAAGAGCUGACAUCCGAGCGGAUGCAGACUGCAGAGCUGCAGACCAAGCUGAGGACCACAGCUCAGGAAAGGCUGGAGGCUGAGGAGCAAAGAGGCAGACUGGAGCGAGAGACUCAGAGCCUCCAUAAGCAGCUCGUGUGGCAUCAAGACCUCCUCUCGUCUACAAAGGAAACCGUCAGUGGCAGCAGUAAGACUAAGCUCCACACAGCAACCGCAAAGGAUGAGGACUGGGAUCAGCUCUCAGCGUUGAAACAAGAGCUGACUUUUCUGCAGAGUAAAGUCUGGGAGGAGCAGCAGAAGACCUCACAGCAUCAAAUGCUGCUUGAAGCUCAGCUCAGCGAAGCCCAGGCUCGUAUCAAGUCCCAAGACUCAGUGCUGAGUCAAAAGGGAGAGGAGGCUAAACAGAUGAAACAAGACCUGCAGAGAGCCCAGAGCCUGUUUACCUCGGCUGAGAGGGAGCUGCGCUACGAGAAGGAGAAGAACAUGGACCUGAAGAGACACAACGCUUUGCUGGAUCAGGAAAAACUCAAGAUUUCUGCUGAACUGAAGCAGGCCCAGGUCAAGCUGGUGCAGCUGGAGCAGAAAGUGUCCACUCAGACAGCCGAGAGCGAAUGUCAGCAGCAGAAAGUUAGGGAACUGGAGCUGGAGCUGGCACGAACGACCACCAACCACAGAGCCAGCAGCAGUCUGCAGGAGGACCUACAGGCGGAAAGGGCUCGACUCAUCGCUGCUGACAAGAAGGUGUUGGAGCUGCAGCAGCAGUUGAAAACCGCUCAGCACCAGCUCCGCAUGGAGGAAGCUCGGGCCAGCGAGAGCAGCCGCCUGGAGCGGGACAGCAGGGAUCUGUCCGAUAACCUGUCGGCGCUGAGGGCGCAGCAGCAGGAGCAGCAAAUCGCCUGGAAGCUGCUGGAGCAGCGCGAGGAGGAGCUGCAGCAGCAGGUGCGCUCUCUGAGACUGAAGGAGGCGUCCCUGUCCAGGACUAACACGGAGCUCAGCCAUCGGGUGCAGCAGCUGGACAUCCGGCUAUCUAUCUCUGAGACUGAGCUCAGCAAGAUGAGAGAGGAGGUGAAAGAAAGCCAGAAGUCAAACCAGAAGUUGCAGGAGGAGCUGCUGGUCAGUCAGCAGGAAUGUGAGAGGCUGCAAGCAGAGUUACAGCAGGUUCUCCUCCAGCUGGAUGCAAAUAUUAGGAAGUACAACGAGAAGCAGGCUCAGAACAAGAUGAAGCUGCGUCAGGCCAAGCAGGUGUUUCUCAAGACGACGGCACAGAAGGACUCCACCAUCCAGAGACUGGAGAAUGACCUCGCACUGGCCAACAGUCUUUCAUUCAAAGAGAAAGAAAGGAUCCAAACUGUUAUGACAGAAAACGAGAAGCUGCUGGAAGACAAGAGGGAGCUGCUGAGGAGGAUAAGUGAGGCGGAGGAGAUGGGCAGUAAAGGCAUGAGGACGGCUUCAACAGUCCAGCACAGGGUGAACAUCCUAGAAGUGGAAAACAGACAGCUGCAUGAGAGAACAAUGAAGCUUUCCAAUCAAGUUAGUUCCCUAGAGCGCGCUCUGAGGAACACAGAGACGUUCUACAGUCUUGAGAACGUAAAAAAAGUGCUGCCUUCUGAUGGACUCAGUGAAGGUGCUGUGCACACUUCUGUUUUAAGUCUGACGUCAGGCUCCUGCGACCACAUGGGCAUCCUGGAUGCGAUCUGCCGGUCGAAGAGCAUGCUGAUGAACGGCACGGGGGCCUCCGUCUCUACACAGCCCCCUUCCGAGCAAGGAUACCUGAACCUCACGUCCCCGCUGGUUCCUCCAGCCUGUGCCAAAGACGCACAGGAGAGUUCCACGCACAGUGAUCAGGUGUAGGAGCGGGAUGCAGCUCUGGAAUUUGGAUAGAGGUCUCAGUAUUAGCUCACGGCGUUAUGUUUCUAUUGAAAUGUUGUUCACCUUUUGGCACAUCCUGUGAAUCAGCUUUCACCUUUUCGUUCAGGUGGUUUGCCAGAGAGUUUUUACGCCGAAUGCCCUUUCUGACAACGCUGUUGUCAGGAAGGGCUACGGACCAGAUUUGGGCCUCGUUGUGGCUCCAUAGUUUGGUCUUGCCUAAGGACCCAGACUGGAGUGAGCUCAUUGCAUACACCCACCCAACUGAGUCAUGCAGCUGCUAUGUAUUUCUAUUGAAGAUGUCAGACUUUUCAAAAUAGGCAAAUAUGAGGGAAAAAUUAGCCUGAAAGUUGUAGUUGCACACCAGGGUAAGAGUCAAUACCUGCGCCCUGUUUAAUCAUUUUAAUGAUUACAAAAACAACCAGAGCCAGGUCAGUUCAGCAGGUAGCUGCAUUACGCCUGGUUCACACUAGAUGGAGAAGCGUGGUAUCCGCUGAACCUCCAGUUCACACCAGACAAGUACUUUUCCGCGAUGGUCGACGGGCGCUUCUGCUCAGCUGUGGUUAUUUAGAGCUUUUUUUUACCAUCAUCAGACACCUAAAACCACACCCCUGUGCUCUGUAGUCGGCCCACACAUCCGUGUGUAUGUGUCUUUUUGUUUGUUGUGCUUAUUUUCAUCUCUACAGUCUGUUUAGAUACAAAAUUAUUUGUCAGUUGUGGUAUUUUAUUGUGAAAAAUUGUUUAUAUUUUUUAAAACUCAAGUUAUUUUCCUCGUGUGUUUUGGCGUAACUUCCUGCCAGGAUUGACUCGGAUCACUCGUGCUCAAAAAAUAGACCAAACGAUCGCUGCACGGCGCGAGAGCGCGGCCGGCUCGUGUCUGGUGUGAACCUGGCGUUAGAUUUAGUUCUUACAAAACUGAUUAGAUUUGAUUUAUUUUGAACAGCUGGGGCCACCUAGCUGUGGCAUAAUGAACUGCACCUGAUUUUAGAUACUUCUGUUUUCAAACUUGACUCAAACAGGAAGUCAGGCUGGUUGGGACACAGGUACGAACCAGAUAUUUUUGUUAAUUUAAGUGUCAAACACUUUUUUUAAGGAAAAACAGACAAUGAAACAGCAUGAACGACGGCACAAUCUUUUAAUAAUUCAUGAAGUUUUUGGUUUUUGUUUAAAUAUACCAUCACCGAAGCUAAUCUGUGAUUCUGAAAGAUGUUUUGUCAUAAUGUGUGGAAUGACGAUGAUAAAAAAAUUGUCGUUUAUUGGGGAUUUAGAAUGCUUGUUGUUUGAUCUGAGCACUUUAUAAUACGGUUUGAGGAUUUUUCAUAUGAAUGCAUAUCACUCCUACAUGUUUUCCACUUGUUCCAGGUACUAUUGGCAGUGUGUGUUUUUAUAAGCCUUUGCAAUACCUGUGGGAUUACAGAUAUAUAUAUUAUCUCACAGCUUUAUAGUUUUGUAAGCAUUUUUACACAUUUAUACUAAUAUCAUGGGGGAUUUCUGUGGACCCAUUUAAUGUUUAUUAAGUCUGUGAUACACUAAUGCUAAACUGAGAUCUGUUGUGAGGAAAUCUUCACAUAUUAUGUUUGCAGAUGCCACACCAGUGUUUACCAUAGAAGGCCGAGGGUUUUUUGUGUUUUGCUUGUUUUUUUUUUUCAAAUUUUUACCCAUAUUUUUAAGGUUUACUCCAGAGACACCACCAGCAGAUGAAUACUUUGCACAUCACUAAGUACAGAAACAAGAAGAUCAUUUAAGAUCUAAAGCAAUGUUUUGAGAGUAUAAACAUCCAUUGUAAAGAUGUAACAAAUCUUCAAGGGUUUUCCACUAUUUAAGACAGAUAAGGCACCGUUUUAAUGUUUUUUUUUUUUUUUAACUACAGCUAAAAUUGUGCCUUUUCUGGUUUAAUAAAUACAUUUAAAACCCAAAAUAGGGUUUUUAACUGAGAUUAUAAAAAAUCCUACUCAAAUUAUUAAUCAUCACUAUUAUUUUUCCAUUAAAGAUGCAGAAAAAUUUAGCAAAUGUUUUAAAAUGUGCCUAAAAUCAGUUUAAUUUUAGCUGACUGCUGCCUGAAAGCAUCUGAAAAAGCCUUUCUGAAAGAUGGAAAAUAUACAUUGAAAUGUUUGUUUUAUUGUGACAUUUUUUAAAAAUAAAGCUAUUUUUGUAAAUAAAAUGCAGCAAGUUGUCUAUUUUAGCACCACUUUUGGUUUAAAUAAGUGCACAUAUAUGCUUCGUUUAUAACAGUCUGUUUAUUAAACAAGGUAAAGAUACAAAGCCUUUUUUUUCUUCCUUUUUCAAACAUGAAACCUUCGUUCGUUCGACUUCUCGGUCUUGGCUGUGCAUAUUUUAGGUGUCUAGAAACUGUAUAUGAAACCACAAUGCAAGACAGGAAAAAAAAAAAAAAAA